GGUUCACCGGUCAUGACUACGUGGUUCAGGUCAGCUGUUGGAUAAACUGACACAGUACUCUGCCAGAAUUAUUCCGGGACGGGUUUUAGCAGCAUUCAUUAGUUGAACCAGUUGAACUCCACCCGCACACCGAAGUAAACAUGGCUUGCAACGUCAGGCUUACGUCAAAGCUCUUUCAGAGAGUAGUCUCUGUUUCACAAAGGCAGUACUCAUCCCAAGUUUUUCCUAAAAUUACUACUCAUUAUUCUAUUCAUCCUCGGGAAUCUGACCCAAGAUGGAAAGAUGUCGAUAUGGAGCGAGCUGUCGACGAAACAGAUGUGGUCAUUGUCGGAGGUGGCCCGGCUGGACUGUCAGCUGCGAUCCGCCUUCGUCAGCUGGCUGAGAAGGAAGGCAAAGAGUUGCGAGUAGUUGUUGUUGAAAAAGCAUCAGAAAUUGGGGGCCACAUUUUAUCUGGCGCGUGCAUUGACCCAAAAGCUUUGAAUGAGUUGAUUCCUGACUGGAAGGAAAAAGGAGCCCCUCUGAAUACGCCUGUCAACAAAGACCGUUUUGUAUUCCUCACUGAGAAGGGAAGCAUACCUCUCCCUGUUUUCCCCGGCAUGCCAAUGUACAACCAUGGAAACUAUGUUGUUCGCCUUGGUCAUGUUGUUCAAUGGCUGGGCGAGCAGGCUGAAGCAGCAGGCGUUGAAGUAUUUUCUGGUAUUUCUGCAUCUGAAGUACUGUACAAUGAGGACGGCAGUGUCAAGGGAAUUGCAACUGGAGAUGUUGGAGUUGCGAAGGAUGGCUCUCCAAAGGAUCAAUUUGAAAGGGGAAUGGAAUUGCAUGCAAAGUGCACCAUCUUUGCUGAGGGGUGUCAUGGUCACCUGACAAAACAAUUAAGCAAGAAGUUCAAUCUGCGAGCUGAAAGUGAGCCACAGACAUAUGGUAUUGGUCUCAAAGAAGUUUGGGAAAUUCCAGCAGAAAGACACCAACCUGGGCUAGUUGAGCACACAAUUGGUUGGCCUUUGGACAAAUUCACUUAUGGAGGUUCUUUCCUAUACCACUUGAAUGAACCUACCCCAACUGUGGCAAUAGGAUUUGUCAUUGGUCUAGACUACCAGAACCCGUAUUUAAGUCCGUUCCGAGAAUUCCAGAGGUUCAAGCACCACCCGUCUAUUGCCAAGCACCUUGAAGGUGGCAAGAGAAUUGCCUAUGGUGCCAGAGCACUGAACGAGGGCGGAUACCAGAGCAUUCCAAAGCUGGCCUUCCCGGGUGGAUGCUUGAUUGGCUGCACAGCUGGCUUCUUGAAUGUCCCCAAGAUUAAAGGAGUGCACUAUGCCAUGAAGAGUGCCAUGCUUGCCGCUGAGGGUAUCUUUGCAACAAUUCAAUCGUCAGAGGGAGAGUCUUGUGUCUAUCCCAAGUCCUAUGAGGAUAAAGUGAAAAGUAGCUGGGUGUACUCAGAACUCAAAGGAGUACGGAACAUCAGACCUGCAUUCCAUAAUCCUUUGGGCUUGUAUGGUGGAGUUGCUUAUGGUGCAUUUGCCACCCUCACUCGAGGCUUUGAGCCUUGGACUUUCAAACAUGGAGAUCCUGACUACAAACGGCUGAAGCCUGCCUCAGAGUGCAAGCCAAUUGAGUACCCCAAACCUGAUGGCGUUCUCAGCUUUGACUUGUUGUCAUCUGUCGCUCUCACUGGCACCAAUCACGAGGGCGACCAACCACCCCACCUGACUCUCAAGGAUGACACUGUUCCGGUUACAAACAACCUUGGUGUGUUUGACGGCCCCGAAGGGCGCUUCUGUCCUGCAGGUGUGUACGAGUAUGUUCCCCUGGAGAGUGGAGAUGGCCAGAGAUUACAAAUUAAUGCUCAAAAUUGCAUUCAUUGCAAAACCUGUGAUAUUAAGGAUCCGAGUCAGAACAUUAAUUGGGUUACUCCAGAGGGAAGUGGUGGGCCUGCUUACAAUGGAAUGUAAAACAUUUUGACACCAAAUGUCAGGUUUCAUUUUUAUUUUUUUAAAUUUGUGAAAUAAGGUUGGCUGUGCCCUUCAAUGGGAACAUGUGUACAGUAGACUUUUCUGUCUUCCAUAUCAGUGUGAGGCUUGUUCUCAUUGCCUCACGUAUUUUCUGUUUGGACUCAGUGAGUGAAAAAGUUUGUAUGCAGUUCACUAGUUGAUUCUGUUUCACCUUGUACAUGUAUUCUGAUCAAUUUGUAACUUGUAUAAUAUUAGUUGAUGCAGAUUGAACCUAAAACUAAUCAUCACCCUGUUAUUUAUGUUAAUUUUAUUUGUUAUUCUUUUUUUAUGAGAUUUUUUGAUUAAGUUAUCUGUUUGCCAAGUCAUCACAAAGCUUCUUUUAUAGAUACAUGCUGUAUUUUUGGAUCAUUUUUCUUGUUGUUGGGAAUUCUAAUGAGUGUUGCUGGUGUUUUCACUCUGCAAGUUUUAAAUGUUUUUGAUUCUCCUUGAUUACUGAAUGGUGGUGAUCAUGAAAUUUUCUUUAUCUUUGCUUGUCGUCUUGUGUACAGCUUUUAUCUUUGUACCUGGAUUAUAUGAAAGCAGUAAACAUUCUAGACUGAUAAUUUUGUGUUUGAUGAAAUGCCUAUCACAGAAAUAAAUUCUAUUUUUCAAAAAAUA